UGGCGGCGCGCACGGCAUGGCGGCGGCGGCGGCGGCGGCAGCGGCGGCGCGCCUGAGGUAGAGGAACGCCGGCCCGGUCAGGCCUCGGCGCGGCCUACACGCUUCGCUCGCCCGCUCCCGCCCCGGCCCCGCUCCCGGCCAUGGCGGAGCCCUCGCCCGCCCGACGCCCGGUGCCCCUAAUCGAGUCUGAGCUGUACUUCCUCAUCGCCCGGUACCUAUCGGCCGGCCCGUGUCGGAGAGCCGCCCAGGUGCUGGUGCAGGAGCUGGAGCAGUACCAGCUGCUGCCGAAGAGGUUGGAUUGGGAGGGCAACGAGCACAACAGGAGCUACGAGGAAUUGGUCUUGUCCAAUAAGCAUGUGGCUCCUGAUCAUCUGUUGCAAAUCUGCCAGCGCAUCGGUCCCAUGUUGGAUAAAGAAAUUCCACCCAGUAUUUCAAGAGUCACUUCUUUACUUGGUGCAGGAAGGCAGUCUUUGCUACGUACAGCAAAAGACUGCAGGCACACAGUUUGGAAGGGCUCUGCCUUUGCUGCUCUUCAUAGAGGAAGACCUCCUGAAAUGCCGGUGAAUUAUGGCUCCCCACCAAAUCUUGUGGAGAUCCAUCGAGGAAAACAACUUACAGGGUGUUCCACUUUUAGCACAGCCUUUCCAGGAACUAUGUAUCAGCAUAUAAAAAUGCACAGAAGGAUUCUCGGACAUCUAUCUGCUGUUUACUGUGUAGCAUUUGAUAGGACAGGACAUAGAAUCUUUACAGGUUCAGAUGAUUGUUUAGUGAAGAUUUGGUCAACACACAAUGGCCGCCUGUUAUCCACACUAAGAGGUCAUUCUGCAGAAAUUUCAGAUAUGGCAGUAAACUAUGAGAAUACAAUGAUUGCUGCAGGGAGCUGUGAUAAAAUAAUUAGAGUGUGGUGCUUGAGAACUUGUGCUCCAGUUGCCGUGCUUCAAGGACACACGGGGUCAAUUACGUCUUUACAGUUUAGCCCAAUGGCCAAAGGCUCUCAGAGAUACAUGGUCUCUACUGGUGCUGAUGGGACAGUUUGUUUUUGGCAGUGGGAUUUAGAAUCCCUGAAAUUCAGUUCACGUCCCCUGAAGUUCACUGAAAAGCCUAGACCAGGCGUUCAAAUGCUUUGUUCCUCUUUUAGUGUCGGUGGUAUGUUUUUAGCUACAGGUAGUACUGAUCAUGUAAUCAGAAUGUAUUUUUUGGGUUUUGAAACACCUGAAAAAAUCGCAGAACUUGAAAGCCACACUGAUAAAGUUGAUAGUAUCCAAUUUUGUAACAAUGGUGAUCGCUUCUUAAGUGGUAGCAGAGAUGGAACAGCACGAAUUUGGAGAUUUGAACAGUUAGAAUGGAGAAGCAUCUUACUAGAUAUGGCUACCAGAAUCUCAGGAGAUUUAUCUUUGGAAGAGGAAAAGUUUAUGAAACCCAAAGUGACCAUGAUAGCUUGGAAUCAGAAUGAUAGCAUCGUUGUCACAGCUGUGAAUGAUCAUGUCCUCAAAGUGUGGAAUUCUUAUACCGGACAACUGCUUCAUAACUUAUUGGGACAUGCUGAUGAAGUAUUUGUUUUGGAGACACAUCCCUUUGAUUCCAGAAUUAUGUUAUCUGCAGGACAUGAUGGCAGCAUAUUUAUAUGGGAUAUCACAAAAGGCACCAAGAUGAAACAUUAUUUUAAUAUGAUUGAAGGACAAGGACAUGGAGCUGUAUUUGACUGUAAGUUUUCACAGGAUGGACAGCAUUUUGCCUGUACAGAUUCUCACGGUCACCUUCUGAUAUUUGGUUUUGGAUGCAGCAAGCCAUAUGAAAAGAUUCCCGAUCAGAUGUUCUUCCAUACUGACUAUCGACCACUGAUUAGAGAUUCUAAUAAUUAUGUCUUAGAUGAGCAAACUCAGCAAGCUCCUCACCUUAUGCCUCCACCAUUCUUAGUAGAUGUAGAUGGAAAUCCUCAUCCAACUAAGUAUCAGAGAUUAGUACCAGGCCGAGAAAAUUCUUCAGAUGAACAUUUGGUGCCACAGCUAGGCUAUGUGGCAACAAGUGAUGGAGAGGUAAUUGAACAAAUUAUAAGCCUGCAAACCAAUGAUAAUGGUGAACGAAGCCCAGAGCCCAGUGUUCUGGAUGGAAUGAUAAGACAGUUGCAGCAGCAGCAAGAUCAGAGAAUGGGAGCAGGUCAGGAUGCUCUUCCAAGUGGACUUCCGAAUGGGGAAGAAACACCCCGAAGAGGUUUUAGAAGGCUGAGCUUAGACAUCCAGUCCCCUCCAAACAUUGGUCUGCGCCGCAGUGGACAGGUCGAAGGUGUCCGUCAGAUGCACCAGAAUGCUCCCCGCAGUCAGAUUGCCACAGAGCGUGACCUGCAGGCUUGGAGACGAAGAGUGGUUGUACCAGAGGUACCACUAGGCAUCUUUAGGAAGUUGGAAGACUUCAGAAUAGAGAAAGGUGAAGAAGAAAGAAAUCUUUAUAUAAUUGGAAGAAAGAGGAAGACUCUCCAGCUUGCACAGAAGUCUGAUUCGGUGAUUGUGAGGCCACAGUCUAGGCCAAGGACAUGUCGACGUAGAUAUCCAAAUUACGGUAGAAGAAAUCUUGGACGGCGUGAGUUAUCUUCUGGAAAUGAGUCUUCAAGCUCCAUGAGACAUGAGACUUCCUGUGAUCAAAGUGAAGUUUCUUGUUCUUCUGAAGAAGAAGAAUGGAAAAGUGAUAGAAGAAGUGAAAGUGACAGUGAAAGUUCAAGUGACUCUUCAUCUAGAUAUUCCGACUGGACAGCUGACGCAGGCAUCAACCUGCAGCCCCCUUUACGAACGUCAUCUCGUCGGCGAGUUACUCGCUUUUGCAGUAGUUCAGAGGAUGAAGUCUCUACCGAGAAUUUGUCUCCUCCAAAAAGGAGGCGAAAGAGAAAGAAAGAAAAUAAGUCUAAAAAAGAGAACUUGCGCAGGGCGACUCCGGCAGAGCGUGCAGACGUGGAACAUUUGUAUGAGUAUCAUCCUCCAGUUUGGAUAACUGACACCACACUUCGAAAGUCUCCUUUUGUUCCUCAAAUGGGUGAUGAGGUGAUAUAUUUUCGACAGGGUCAUGAAGCUUAUAUUGAGGCUGUCAGAAGAAAUAACAUUUAUGAACUGAACCCUAAUAAGGAGCCAUGGAGAAAAAUGGAUCUUAGGGAUCAAGAAUUGGUCAAAAUAGUUGGAAUACGGUAUGAAGUUGGGCCCCCUACACUCUGUUGCCUCAAACUAGCAUUUAUAGAUCCUGCAACGGGAAAACUUAUGGACAAAUCUUUCUCUAUUAGGUAUCAUGACAUGCCAGAUGUUAUAGACUUUCUUGUGCUGCGUCAGUUUUAUGAUGAAGCAAGACAGAGGAACUGGCAGUCUUGUGACAGGUUCCGUUCCAUCAUCGAUGACGCUUGGUGGUUUGGAACGGUGCUAAGUCAGGAGCCGUAUCAGCCCCAGUACCCUGAUAGCCAUUUCCAGUGUUACAUUGUUAGAUGGGACAAUACUGAAAUUGAAAAACUUAGCCCAUGGGACAUGGAACCAAUACCUGAUAAUGUUGAGCCACCUGAAGAAUUAGGAGCUAGUAUUUCUGUCACUUCAGAUGAGCUAGAGAAAUUGCUCUACAAACCCCAGGAUGGUGAAUGGGGUCAGAAAUCGAGAGAUGAAGAAUGUGAACGAAUUAUUAGUGGUAUAGAUCAACUUUUGAAUCUUGAUAUAGCAGCAGCUUUUGCAGGCCCGGUUGAUCUGUGUACAUACCCUAAGUACUGUACUGUAGUGGCCUAUCCAACUGAUCUGUACACAAUUCGAAUGAGACUUACUAAUCGAUUUUACAGGAGGCUAUCUGCAUUAGUUUGGGAAGUCAGAUAUAUAGAACAUAAUGCCAGAACAUUUAAUGAACCUGAGAGUGUAAUUGCAAGAUCAGCUAAGAAGAUAACUGACCAGCUUUUAAAAUUUAUCAAGAAUCAAGACUGUACAAACAUCUCAGAACUUUCUAACACUUCUGAAAAUGAUGAGCAAAAUGAAGAUUUGGAUGAUAGUGAUCUUCCUAAAACAUCUUCUGGAAGAAGGAGAGUUCAUGACUGGAAAAAAAGGAGCAUCAAAGCAACCAGUUAUGUUGAAAGCAACUGGAAGAAACAGUGUAAGGAACUAGUGAACUUACUUUUUCAGUGUGAAGAUUCUGAACCCUUUAGACAGCCUGUUGAUUUGGUUGAAUAUCCAGAUUACCGAGAUAUCAUAGAUACACCAAUGGAUUUUGGAACAGUAAGGGAAACUUUGGAAGCAGGAAAUUAUGACAGCCCUUUGGAAUUUUGCAAAGACAUCCGGUUGAUAUUUAGCAAUGCAAAAGCAUAUACACCAAACAAAAGAUCAAAGAUUUAUAGUAUGACAUUGAGAUUGUCGGCCUUAUUUGAAGAAAAAAUGAAGAAAAUCUCCUCUGAUUUUAAAGUUGGUCAAAAGUUCAGUGAAAAACUUCGAAGAAGCCAGAGGUUUAAAAGACGGCAAAAUCGAAAAUGUGUCAGUCGGGCUAACAGAAAUAUCAGAAAUACCAAGCAGAGGCGGUUAGACUCUCAGGCAAAAGGACUCCCUGAGUUAGCAGACUCUCCUACCCCGUCUGCCUCAAGGAGGGCGGCUUAUUCUGCAGGUGGCAAGACAGGUGCUAGUGUCUCGUCAGGUGUUACUUCUGGUGACUCUUCAGAUUCAGCAGCUUCAUCAGAAAGAAUGAGAAGAAAGAAACCUGUCACUCUAAAAAAUGGUUCUACAGUAUCUGACAGUGAAAUGGAAGAUUCCUCAGGUACCUCUUCGUCGUCUUCAGCUUCACACAGUUCAGAGGAAAGCAGAGAGAGUUCAGGAGCUCGUGAAUCCUCCUUACGUAGCGGGGUAACCAGGAGCAGUCAUCUCAGGGUGACCAGAACCAGAGCUGCGCAAAGAAAAACUGGUCCAGUUUCUUUAGAAAACGGAUGUGGCAGAAAAGCCACUCGGAAGAGAGUCUAUUUAAGUGAUUCUGAUAACAAUUCUUUGGAGACUGAUGAAAGUCUAAAAGCCAGAGCUGGAAAUAACCGGAAAGUGCUACGAAAGUGUGCUGCGGUGGCCGCCACUAAGAUAAAGCUAAUGAGUGACGUAGAGGAGAACUCUAGCUCCGAAAGUAUCUGCUCUGGGCGUAAGCUGCCUCACCGCAAUGCUUCUGCAGUUGCGAGAAAAAAGCUAUUACAUAAUUCUGAGGACGAUCAUAGCUUAAAGUCAGAACUUGAAGAAGAGGAGCUGAAAGAUCACCAUCAGCCAUCACCAUUGUCCAAUUCUCAUGCUGCCCAGAACACUGGAAAUGGAGAUUCGGAGUCAGAGAGUGAUUUGCGGGUAGCCCGGAAAAAUUGGCACGCUAAUGGUUACAAGUCCCAUACUCCAGCAGCUUCUAAAACAAAAUUUCUUAAAAUAGAGUCUUCCGAGGAGGACUCUAACAGUCAUGGUUCAGAUGAUGGACACAACAGAACUGCUGGCCCGUCAACAUCUGGGCAGAAACUUAAGGUAGAAAGCGUCUCAGAGGAAGAAGAGGAAGCAGAUUCUCGAGCAGGAAAGUGUGGUGGUAGGAAAUACACCACAGGUCAAAAGAAUGCUGCUUUCCUUAAAAAAGCAAAGGUCUUCAGUGAUUCAGAGGACUCCGAAUCUGAAGAACGAGACGGCGAAGCCGAGAGAUGUCGUACAAUGGAAAUAACUCCAAAUUCAAGGGAUUUGACAUGUGAACCUAUUGCUGGAUCCCGGUGUUUCUCAGAUCAUGUUUCUGAAACUGAUGUGGAUUCAGAUGAUGAAAAAAAAACAAAAGAACAACCAAACCAUCUCAUGAAAGAUUCUACAUCACAAGACCAUGGACAAAGCAGAAAAGUUUCCAGAAAAAGGGUCUGUUCCAGUGACUCAGACAGCAAUUCAAAGGUGGUUAAGAAACCAUCAAAAGCCAAAACGGGUCUCCUGAGAGUUCCCCGAAGAUGUGCAGCCACCGCUGCCAGUAAGAUUAAGCUAAUGAGUGAUGUGGAAGAUGUCCCUUUAGGAAAUGUGUGUACCAGGAGGAGAAGCAGGAGGAGAAGGCCCCUCCCGUUGGCAGGUACCACAGCUAAGAAGAUGGUGAGUGAUUCGGAGGGAGAUGCCAACUGUGAAGUGCCAAGCGGACAGUAUGCCUGUGAAGGGAAGCCUCCUGAGGCCGACUCAGAAGGGAGCACAAAGGGUCUUCCUCAGUCUUCAGACGGAGACUCAGACUCGGAAGGUGCGCCGAAUUUGGGGCGCAAGAACAGGCACACCAGUAGCCACAAAAGAAGUGUUGCACCUUCUAAAACAAAGAAUUCCUUGAUUGGGUCUUCAGAAGAAGAUUCACAAAGCCAUAUUCCGGGGGCGGAGACUGGUAGGAAGUGUUCUUCUGAGUCUCCUUUGGUGCAGAAAGCUACUGCAGAGAAUAACUUUGAAGAGGAGCUGAAUUACGGGCUGCGCAGGUGGAAUGGCCGAAGACUCAGGACCUAUGGCAAGGCUCCUUUCAGUAAGACGAAAGUCUUGCGGGACUCGCAGGAAGCGGCCGAAACAGACGUGAAAAGGAAGAGACUGCAUCCUGAAUUGGGAAAUGUGAAAAGGUCAGAAAAAACAGGGAGUUCAAAGUGUGGCCCUGAUGCUAGUCCCAAAUCUGACUCAGAUUUGGGAUCUGCAACUGAAUCGGAUGCUGACUGUCCUGGUGAUACAAAAACCAAAAAGAGGAAGACGAAAGGAAAAGCAAAAGUAGUUAGAAAAGAAUCUGUUCCUAGAGACAGAGAACCCAAUACAAAAAUGAGAACAUGUAUGCAUAAUCAGAAGGAUGCAGUGCAAAUGCCUAGUGAAACUCUGAAAGCAAAAGUGGUACCCGAGAAAGUUCCCCGCAGAUGUGCUACUGUUGCUGCAAAUAAAAUAAAGAUAAUGAGUAAUCUAAAGGAAACGAUUUCAGGACCAGAAAAUGUCUGGAUUAGGAAGAGUAGCAGAAAACUGCCCCAUCGAAAUGCUUCUGCUGCGGCUAAGAAAAAAUUACUGAAUGUUUAUAAAGAGGAUGAUACAACCAUAAAUUCUGAAAGUGAGAAGGAGCUAGAAGAUAUUAAUAGAAAAAUGCCUUUUUUAAGGCGGUUCAGAUCCUGGAAAGAAAAAGCACAGUAGUGACUAUGAAAAUGUAGACGUGGAAUUGACAAUCAGGGGCCACGGGAACCCGGCAGUUGUGCUCUGCUCCUAGCUCUAACGCUAACCCCUUGCUGGCACCUUCUGAGGGAUUUUCUAAAAGCCAUAAUCCAGUGGGUCUGAGCGGGAGACAGCUUCCUGCUAGUCAGCCCUUGUACAGACACACCCUACAGAAAAUGCUGAGGAGGAAAUAGAUUGUGGAGCUGUAGUUGGAGAGGCGGAAAGAAAAGACAAAUGGCCUGUUGUGAGAUAAUUGCUGUUCAGAAAGGAAGGGCCUUGAAGAAAACUCUUCAUUCCUUAGAGGAAAGACAUAAUGGGAAGUGUGCAGGGUCAGUAGCAAAAACUUCAGGACUGAAAAUAUUUCAAAAUCUCGGCCCGAUGCUAAUUUUUAGGGUUCCGCAUUAGAGUAUAAAAAUUCAGACCACCACAGCUAUCUAUGGCUGUCAUUACUGAAGGGGGGGGGGGGGAGAAUGAGGCACACGUCAAAAGGAAGUGCCACUGAGCCUGUUUGACUUCUGAGUGAAGCAAAUACUUUAACAAGACGCAGUCCCCAUAACCUGCCACCCCAAAGUCAAAAACUAGAAGGCCCAGGGGAUUCCAGGCCGGGGAUACGGAUGAAUGAGGUCUGACGUAGUGUGUCGGUGAUAGACAAUUAGAGGAAAUCCAUUACUGUCUUAUUUUGUUGAUAAUAUUGGAAUUCAGACUGAAUGAUGACCACCUGACUGGCUAAUUCAGGGAAUAUAUAUUUUUCUAUGAAAGCUAUGAAUGUGACUUUCACAACCUUUUCUCAUUUCUACCUUCACGUAGCAGCAUUUACAGAGAUGCCAAAAUGUGCCUCAUUAUGAGGCAGGUAUACAUUUUCAUCAGUCAGAAAAUACAAAGUCUAGAUUAAGAUCAAAACAGUCGUAUUUUUAGAUGAUACAGUCACACCCUCUUAAGUUUCUCAACAGCACCUUAAAAGAGCUUUAUGAAUACUUUUGAGCAAAUUAAUCACAGUCUCAUCACAACAAUGGCAGCGUGUCUGGACUCUCUCACUGUGGCCUUCACGAGCAUUAGGAAAUCUGGUCUUGUUACUAUAAAGAACUUCUUCGCAACGAGGUUUAAUUUGUUGUUAAUAGGUAUUUGUUGAAAUUAAAGUCACCACACUUAAGUGAACGCACUGUCAAAUAUUUUUAAUUCAGUAACAUGCUAUUGGAAAAAAUGAUUGUUAGAAACAAGUUGUUUUCCCAUUUAAAAAUAUCUGUGAAUAUUAAUAUAUGAUUUGCAUGUGUAAAUCUGAAAAAUUAAAAUAUAGAAACUUAAGGUUUCUAUUCCUUUUUCAUUAAAAGACUAAUGUAAUGCAUAUUUUUUGGUUAUACAGAUCAAACAAGUGUCUUGAUUACUUGAGAAAUUUGUUUGUGGUUGCAUGUCUGCUUAAAAAAAGGCUUUUUGUUGUCAUUUUCUUUUUCUUAGCCUAAGCCAGAAUAUUUCUAACCUGCGGAGUCUGUGUUCUUUGCUCUGUUUAUAGUAUAUUUUCAUCUGAAAUACAGAUACCAGUAACUUGUUACUAGUACAGGUGAGAAAGGGAAGAAUUCCUAAUAAACUGCUAAUAUUCUUAGGUG